GUGGGGAGCACCGUUCGGACUUCAUACUGACGCUGCUCUCUUCUUCUUCGUGCCGUUGGAUUCUCGCGUUAUCUCUCAUGGCAAUUCUUUCUCCCAACGUUCCUCGCUCCCUCUCCUCUAACAAACCCAAAUAUCCUUUCUUCGAUUGCCUGUGCUCCAAGAGGAAAGCAACGAUACCCACUUGCUGUUCGUCUUCUUCUGGAAUGGUUUCUCAUUCCGUGUCUCAUUCUCCAAGUUCCCCACUUGCUUCGUUUAAGGAGAAUUUGGUGAGCUUGCAGAAGAAUUGGUCGAACUUCACUAGUUUGAACUACUGGGUCGUUCGUGAUUACUUUCUUCUGGUUGAUAUGGUCAACGGUUUGGAGCCCCGAAUUCGGAAACUGACGGAUGAACAGCUUCGUGCAAAAACAAACGAAUUUCGUAUUCGGUUGAGUAGAGGACAAACGUUAGCUGACAUUCAAGCAGAGGCAUUUGCUGUUGUCCGGGAAGCUGCAAAAAGAACAUUGAGCAUGAGACAUUUUGAUGUCCAGAUUAUUGGUGGUGCUGUGCUCCACGAUGGUUCCAUUGCUGAGAUGAAAACUGGCGAGGGAAAAACACUUGUUUCCACAUUAGCAGCUUACCUUAAUGCGCUUACUGGCAAUGGUGUUCACGUUGUGACUGUUAAUGACUAUUUGGCUCAGCGUGAUGCUGAGUGGAUGGGACGUGUUCAUCGUUUCUUGGGUCUAUCAGUUGGUCUUAUACAGAGUGGCAUGCGAUCCGAAGAGAGGAGAGCCAGCUAUUCCUGUGAUAUAACAUACAUUAAUAACUCCGAACUUGGUUUUGACUAUCUUCGUGACAACUUAUCUGAAAGUAAAGGGCAACUUGUUAUGAGAUGGCCGAAACCUUUCCACUUUGCAAUUGUUGAUGAAGUGGACUCAGUCUUGAUCGAUGAAGGGCGAAACCCGUUGUUAAUAAGUGGUGAGGCUAACAAAGAUGCUGCAAGAUAUCCUGUUGCUGCAAAAGUAGCUGAGCUUCUCCUACGUGGCCAUCAUUACAACAUUGAAUUAAAGGAUAACUCUGUGGAAUUGACUGAGGAAGGAGUUGCCCUUGCCGAAUUGGCUCUUGAAACAAGUGAUCUAUGGGAUGAAAAUGAUCCAUGGGCAAGGUUCAUUAUGAAUGCUCUCAAGGCUAAAGAAUUCUAUCGACGGAAUGUCCAGUAUAUUGUCCGCAAUGGUAAAGCACUCAUAAUCAAUGAGCUGACUGGAAGAGUUGAGGAAAAAAGGAGGUGGUCUGAAGGAAUUCAUCAGGCUGUGGAGGCCAAAGAAGGUCUCGAAAUCCAGGCAGAUUCUGUAGUUGUGGCGCAAAUUACAUACCAAUCACUGUUUAAACUUUAUCCCAAGUUGUCAGGAAUGACAGGAACUGCUAAAACAGAAGAGAAAGAAUUUCUGAAAAUGUUCCAAAUGCCAGUUAUUGAAAUUCCCACUAAUUUGCCAAACAUCCGUAAAGAUUUACCAAUUCAAGCUUUUGCAACUGCUCAAGGGAAAUGGGAGUUUGUUCGAGAAGAAGUCAAAGAUAUGUUUGAAAAAGGGCGCCCUGUUUUGGUUGGAACAACAAGUGUUGAGAAUUCUGAAUAUUUAUCUGAUCUUUUGAGGGAGUGGAACAUCCCCCACAAUGUUCUUAAUGCACGGCCAAAGUAUGCAGCUAGAGAAGCAGAGAUUGUCGCCCAAGCUGGACGCAAGUGUGCAAUCACAAUUUCUACAAAUAUGGCUGGUAGAGGCACAGACAUCAUUCUAGGCGGAAACCCCAAGAUGCUUGCUAAGGAUAUUAUCGAGGAUAGUUUGAUUUUUUUCUUAACUGAAGAUGCUCCAAAUGCUGAAACUGAUGGUGAGCCAAUCUCGCAACAGGGCCUGUCGAAAGUAAAAGUGGGGCCAUCCUCAAUGGCUGUUCUGGCAAAGGUGGCACUCAUGGCAAAAUAUGCAACCAAAAAGGAGGGCAGGCGUUGGACCUACCGGGAGGCAAAAUCCAUGAUAGCAGAAUCAAUACAGUUUAGUCAGACAGUGAGCACACAUGAAAUAGAACGGCGCCUGAAAGAAGAAACAGACAUGCAUCCGUUUGAUCUCACCAUUGCACUUGCAUAUUCACUGGUUCUCAGAGAUUGUGAACUACACUGUUUCCAUGAAGGGGUUGAAGUGAAAAAUUUAGGUGGUCUUCAUGUCAUUGGUACUUCUUUGCAUGAAUCUCGCCGGAUAGAUAAUCAGCUUCGUGGAAGAGCAGGGAGGCAAGGUGAUCCUGGAUCAACAAGGUUUAUGGUGAGUUUGCAGGAUGAGAUGUUUCAGAAGUUCAAUUUUGACACAGAGUGGGCUGUUAGAAUAAUUUCAAAGAUUAAUAAUGAUGAAAAUAUUCCAAUUGAAGGUGCUCCAAUUCUAAAACAGCUUUUGGCUCUACAAAUAAAUGCAGAAAAGUACUUUUUCGGGAUAAGAAAGAGUCUAGUUGAGUUCGAUGAAGUAUUAGAGGUUCAGCGAAAGCACAUCUAUGAUUUGAGGCAGUCAGUGCUAAUGGGCGAUUCGGAGAACUGUUGCCAACGAAUAUAUCAGUACAUGCAAGAGGUUGUAGACGAAAUUGUCAUUGGGAAUGUUGAUUCAACUAAGCCACCAAGAAGCUGGAAUUUGGGAAAAAUUUUGGAUGAAUUUCUUGGAAUUGCAGGGAAGAUAAUAUCAGAAAAAUUUGCUGGUGUUACUAAGGAGUCUCUUCAAUCUUCAAUUGAACAAGUCCAAAAUGCAAAUACCCUGGAGAUUGAUGCCAUUUCACUUCCCAAUUUGCCAAAACUACCAAAUGUAUUCAAAGGAAUACGUGGAAAGGCUGCCUCUUUGAAACGUUGGCUUGUCAUUUCUUCUGAUGGAUCCACUUCAAGUGGAAGAUACCAAUUCAGUGUCAAUCUCCUUCGCAAGUACCUAGGAGACUUUUUAAUUUCUUCUUAUGCUGAAAUGGUUCAAGAUUCUGGAUACGACUAUGGAUAUAUCCAAGAAGUUGAGAGAGCAAUAUUCGUGAAAACGCUCGACUGUUUCUGGAGGGACCAUUUGGUAAACAUGAACCGGCUUAGUUCAUCGGUUAAUGUAAGAAGUUUUGGACACAGGAACCCACUAGAAGAAUACAAAAUUGAUGGUUGUCGUUUUUUCAUCGGUAUGCUUAGUGCAACACGACGUUUGACAGUAGAAUCACUCCUGAAGUUUUGGUCAUCACCAACGGAAUCUGAAGAAUUACUUCUACAAUAAAACCUAGUAGUUUUAGUUCCUUGUACAGUAUCAAUAUGUUGUCAAUCAUAUUUUUAUUUAUGCUGUAAACUUUGGCCAACACGCGAACAAAGUAAAAGAUUGAUCCUGACUCCAAGAUUCUUUCAAGUAGAGUUAUCUGGAGUUGUCAUGGAUUCAACCUUGUUCUUUUUUGGUGAUUCAGGUAAUUAUACACGCCUUUGUUACAAAUCUUAACUGCGUCAAUACAAUUUAUGUAAUUUUACGAGGAGAAUACUUAACAUUGCUUCAUUAUGAUGCAUAUAUAAAAUUUUAUGAUUGUUUUCAA